CAAACACACAGGUGCUGCUGAGAAAUGUGUUUAUAAUUUGUAACGUGACAGUAUAAAUAAUCUUCACUUCCUUGGUUUUUAUAAUUGUUGUUUAUUUUUCUUUCAUGUAAGGAUGUAUUCCUUUUGAUCACUAAAUAAUGCCUAUCUUGUAAAAUUUAUGUUUUUAACUUCAUUCAUUUUUAUAUUUUUCGUAUGAAUACAAACCAUCAAAGUACUCAAUUAUAAAAAGCUACAUAUCUUUAUGUAAAAUUUAGUAAACCUUAUAAAUAUAUGUAGAAAAUAUUUUAUUUCAUCUAAAGUACUCAUGAGUGCAGCUGUCAAUAUGGAUUAUGAUCCGAUGGAAGGUACAUCGGAAUUAUUUGCAGCAUUGACAAGAGAUGUACCACAAGAACAAUGGGAACAGUAUAAAGAAGAAAUUAAGUUGGGAAACUACAUAGUUAAUGAUAGUGAUGAUGGCAGUUAUUUUACUGACAGAUCAAUAUCACCAGGUCCUGAUGAAGAAAUAAUUACGAACAUUGAAAUAGUGGAAGAAGAUGAGGAACAACCUGAAGUAAAAGAAGAAGAAGAAGAAGGGGAAGAAAAAGUGGUUGAAUCUGAAGAAGAUGAUGACCAGAUUUUAUGGGGAUAUGAUGCUGCAGAUAAAUAUGCCCAAGGCAAAAUAUCAAUCUUUCAAUUAACUGAUAUAAUGAAAAACAUUAAGCUUAAUACUCAACCAAGCAAGAGGAGACGUUUAGAUGAAGAAAUAAAUGAACCCAACCCAGAAUUGGAGAAGGAGAAUGAAGUUGUUGAAAACACAACACAGAAAGCAAAAAGGAAAAUUCGAAGAAAGAAGAAUUUGUUGCCAAAAAGCCUUGAAGGUCUAAUGGGACAAGCAAAUCUUCUGUAUGCUAAAGGGGAAACUAGGUGUGCUAUUACAGUCUGUAUGGAGUUAAUAAAAUCAGCGCCACAAGCAUAUGAACCUUUCCAGCUCUUAGGUAUUAUAUAUGAUGAAAUGGGAGAAUCUAAAAAAGCUUUCCAAUGGUAUUUAGUAGCGGCAUUUUUAAAUCCAUCAGAUACAGAUGAAUGGAUUAGAUUAGCUGAACUCUCUCUUGAACAAAAUGAAAUUCAGCAAGCUAUUGGUUGUUACACAAGAGCUAUUCGUAAUGUGCCUACUAAUGUUAAUUUAUGGUGGGAACGUUGCAACUUAUAUGAGCAAGUUGGCGAAAGAAAAAGGGCUUUAUACGGAUAUGAAAUGAUAUUGAAACAUUUAAGUGAUCCUAAAAGUGGUGAGAAGUGUGUAGAUAUGGCUAGAGAGAUUGCAAAGAUUCAUCAUGAAAAUACGGAUGAUGCCAAUGCUGUCAGAGUUUUAGAAACUUCUUUUAACAAAUUUCCAUCUCUCAUAACUUCUGAAGAUGUGAAUUUUCUUCUUGAGCUGCAAUUGGGACAGAAAAUGUACAAAGCUGCUGUAAAGACUUUUGUUCAACAUUGUGGUGUGAGAUUAAGAUUUCCUUUGGGAGAUAUAACUUCAGUAGAAGAUUUAAAAGAUUUUGAUGAUAAAAACUACAAGUUUCUAGUCAGUUGUGUUGUUCCUGAAGUCUUGCCCAUUGAUUUAACUGUAAAAUUUUUACUUUGCCUUAUCCAUCUACAAGCCUUUAAAGCUGCACAGCCAUUAAUAGAUUAUCUCAUGCAAGAAAAUCCAGAAGAAAUGGGAGAUCUGUUCCUUGAUGUUGCAGAAGCCUUAAUGGAAGUUCAACAGUAUAAAUCAGCGAAGCCUUUGUUGUUUGCAUUGAUUUCAACACCUACUUAUGAUUUGCCUGCUGUCUGGAUGAAAUAUGCUGAUUGUUGGUAUGGACUGUCUAAUAUUCCAGAAGCUAUUCAAGCAUAUCUGAAAGUUAUUGAGAUGGCUCCAGCAUAUCAAGAUGCUCGUUUGGCAUUAUCUAAAAUAUACCUGAAAAUGGGGAAAGUUGAAGAUGCUACAAAUAUCCUGAGACAGGAUUAUGAAGAUGGUGAAGAAGGAGUUGUUGUGGGUAUUGAUGCUUUAUAUCAACGAUGUAAGUUGUUGGAAGCUGAGGGAUGUUGGGAUCAAUAUAUAGCUGCUGCUACUUUACUUCAGUACAGCCACUGCUAUCACCUAGAAACAGAAGAAGAAUUCAGUGCUGUUAUUACUAAUCAAACCUGUAAAAGAAGAGUAGAGGCCUUAAGAGAUUUAAAAAAUCAAAAUAAAAAAUCUACUCCUCAGUUUAUUGGACAAGCUAUUCCUGUCACUGAAAUGUGGAAUAUUUUUAAAAAGGUGUGUAUGCUACUUAUGCAGCGAAGGCGCUAUGAAGAAUUGCAAAAUUUAUCACUUGCAUGUUUAUCUUCGGCAUCAUUUAUGAAAAAUCCAGCUUUUGCUAAAGAUUUGGAAUUCCAAGCUUUACUCAGUUGUUAUUAUAAUGGAAGUCAUCAGUAUACAUAUCUGCUAGUCAGAGAUCUUGUUUUAAAGUAUUUACACAGUAAUAAAGCAUGGAAUUUGUUUUGCCUCAUUGUAACAUGUAGUCAGGAAAAUCGACAUAAUCGUUUCUGUAUUCGGUUAAUGAUGAAGCAUCAAGAUCAUUUGGCAUUAGGAUAUUUAAAUGGGCACAAUGCUAUGAUAUCUGGUACAUAUAAACAUGCACUAGGUGAAUAUAUGUGCAUUCUGAAAGAACAUCCUAAUGAUCCAUUUGCUGUAUUUUGUGUUGGUAUUACUUUUAUUCAUAUGGCAUGUCAAAAAUUUGCAACUAAACGACAUUUCCUAACAAUACAGGGUUUUGAAUUUCUGGUUAGAUAUGCAAAAAUGAAAGGAGAAAACCAAGAAACAUUUUAUAACAUUGGAAGAGCUUUGCAUCAAUGUGGAAUAAAAGAUGCUGCCAUUCAUUAUUACAAAAAAGCUCUGAAUUGUCCUCCACUUAUUACUGGACCAGAACAAGAUAUUUUUGAUUUACGGCGUGAGAUAGCAUACAAUCUCUGUGUAAUUUACCAAGCUUCAGGUGCAAUGGAUCUGGUAUCUAUGUACUCUCGAAAAUACAUUGUUGUAUAAAAGAAAAACCUUCAUCAUAUGUAUUCAUUUUUGUAAAUAAAUCCAUUUUUUUACGUA